AAAACCAAGAAAACAGNAAUGGGGAAGGUGGCGGUCGGGGCGGCGGUGAUUGGGGCCACUGCGGCGGUCGGGGUGGCGGUUCACGUGGUGAGGCGGCGGAUGAGGGGCUCUGGCAGGUGGGCCCGCGCCAUGGCCAUCGUGGACGAGUUUGAGGAGAAGUGUGGUGUCUCGUUGGGAAGGUUGGGACAGGUGGCGGAUGCGAUGACGGUGGAGAUGCACGCCGGUUUGGUGUCUGAAGGCGGCAGCAAGCUGAAGAUGCUGAUCAGCCACGUCGAAAAUCUCCCCACUGGAGAUGAGAAAGGAGUUUUUUAUGCACUGGAUCUUGGUGGAACAAAUUUCCGAGUCUUGAGAGUCCAAUUAGGAGGUAAAGAAGGAGGAAUAGUUCAUCAGGAAUUCACUGAGGCAUCAAUCCCCCCGGAGUUAAUGGCCGGGACUUCGGAUGCGCUUUUCGAUUACAUUGCUGAAAAACUCGCGAAAUUCGUUAAUGAAGAAGAACAAAUAUUUCACGAUCAACUUCCCGGAAGGCAGAGGGAGUUAGGUUUCACUUUCUCAUUCCCCGUGAUGCAAAAUUCGAUAAAUAGUGGGACCAUUAUUAGGUGGACCAAGGGUUUCUCCAUUGAUGAUGCUGUUGGCCAAGAUGUUGUGGCUGAACUUGAAAAAGCUUUGCAAAGAAAAGGUGUUCAAAUGCGUGUGGCAGCUCUGGUUAAUGAUACGAUAGGAACAUUAGCUGGAGGAAGAUAUACGAACAAUGAUGUUGAUAUAGCUGUUAUUUUGGGAACUGGAACUAAUGCUGCAUAUGUCGAACGUGUACAAGCCAUUCCAAAGUGGCAUGGUCCUUUGCCUAAAUCUGAAGAAAUGGUUAUAAAUAUGGAGUGGGGUAACUUCAAGUCAUCUCAUCUUCCACUUACCGAAUAUGACCACAGAUUGGAUGCCGAAAGUUUAAAUCCCGGUGAACAGAUAUUCGAGAAAUUAACUUCUGGAAUGUACUUGGGAGAAAUUUUACGGAGAGUUUUACUUAAGUUGGCUGAGGAAGCUUCCUUCUUUGGUGUUGGAGUUCCUCCCAAACUUAAGACACCUUUCAUUUUGAGAAUGAGUAUAUUGAAUGAAAAAUCUGUGCCAUUUGAAAUUUUCUCGUCUCAUAUAUCCCACACCUCCUUAAAAACAAGAAGAGCUGUCGUCCGCCUCUGCCACAUCAUCGCGACACGUGGCGCCCGGCUGGCAGCUGCUGGUGUCCUUGGGGUCUUAAAGAAAAUGGGAAGGGACACUUUGAGAGACGAUGGGAAAAAGACGGUUAUAGCCAUGGAUGGGGGACUAUAUGAGCAUUACAAAGAAUUCAGGGAGUGGUUGGAGAAUACAUUGCAGGAGUUGCUCGGGAAGGAAGUCGCGAAAAGCAUUAGAGUCGAGCACUCGAACGAUGGCUCGGGUAUUGGGGCUGCUCUUCUUGCAGCCUCCAACUCGUUAUACGUUGGUGACAAGUCAUCGUCAUGA